AUGGAUGUCCGACUCCAAUCGCUGCCUACAUCCGAAUCCGUCGGGCUACCUUGCUCCCUCUCUCUGCAUACGCAAGACCUGGCGUACUUCGAUUUGGCUGAAGCCUGUGGGAUUGCUGAUCGGCUUGCAUCGCUCCCUGCAUAUGCGACUGGUCUAGGAAUGGAGGAGGCUACGCGGGAUCACAAGUUGGAAAAGCGCGACUGUCGAUUCAUGAAUCGCAGAAGUGACCACGAAUUUGGUCGUCGCAGUUCCGACCCGCCCUCUGUAUCUCACGAUGGAUGUUCGACGCAACAUGCUCUCAUCAGGAACGGAAUCCCGGCCAUACAGAUGACUUUCCCAUAG